AUGGGACAGGACAGGCUGACCAGCGCUGGGCUGUUGAUUGGUUGUGCCACCCGCAUUCUCCUCGACCCUGACACCAUUCAGCAUGGCACCCAAGAUCAAGACGGGCAGAGGAUGGGACUGGCCUUGAUGUCUUGUUUCUUGGUCGACACGAUUCUCUCCGUCCGAUGCAGCAGACCGCCACACCUGAGGGCGGAGGACCUCGCUACCUUGCCGAUGGCUUCCGAGAACGGACCUGACCAGUGGGAACCAUGGACGCCAUGCGAAGGUUUCGGGCCUGGAAACGUGGGUUCCAACUCAUCCCGAAGCCCUGCCUUCCGCCUGAGCACAUUCAACCAACUCUACGCCAUUGUCAAAGUUGUUGCCGAAGAAAGAACCAUGAGAAGGCAGGGUUCGAUGCCGAGAGGGGCGCCGAACGCGUUUGCCACGCAACUACAGCAGGCGAUAGACCCAAGUCUACCGAUCAGCAACUUUGUCAUCUCGCAAGCUUGUGGGACCAUUUCGGUUCCAACGCCCUACUUGGUCCGGGCAACCUAUCUAUGGGCUCGCGCCCUUGCCGAACCCCGUACAGAAACACCUCUACUUCUGCUGCAUGACACACUAGGUCAAUACCAGCGGCAAUUCGGACGGUCCAGCACGCCUCCUUUCCUUUCCGCCUGUAUCGCAUCACUCGCAAACGAGGAAUACGUUCUCCGGUCUGGGGGGCAGAACCAAGAUCUGCUGCAACGUCUGGUUACAGGCUUCUCUUCUCGAGAACCCGCGGCUAGGCGGGCUUCGAGCGUCCGAGGCCCACGACUCGACGCCCUCUCUCGACCAACACAAGACACGCUAGAAUCACUGAAUUCAGCUCACUCUUCCGCCCCAAGCAACCCCCUGAUGGAUUACGCAGAACCUUCUAUACCACUCCUCUACAAUACCCUGGCCACAAGACACCGCCGGCAAUCAGACUCGCGCAACCGGGUAUACGGUUCAUUUUUGAGCCCAGGCAUGGGGUUAUAUCAAAACUCAUUCCCCAACACGUCGAUGCCAAUCCCUCAGGGCAGCGACAUGCACGCACACCAUCCCGGCGGAACUGGCAUGGCCACGAUGCCGGGGAUAUCCACAACGGCGGCAUCAACACAACGUGACCUCCAUCCAUCGUACCCUCUUAUCCCGCCGACAGGGCUUGGGCCUAGUCCCGAUGUCGAUGCGCUGCUGGAUGACCUCGCCGCGAUUGAAUACACGGACGCGGUGGAUGUCGAUUCGCAGUUUAUGACCAACCUUGGAUUUGCCCCGGGGUGCGACAUCACGGAGAUUUUGACGCGCGGGUUUGGGGGGGCAUAG